UUCUCUCCUCUCUCUCUCCUUUUCUUUUCAUCUCUGUGCUCGGUACAGCAGUGUAGCAGUCGUGUGGUAUUCUGCAGUAUUCAGAAGUAUUUAACAGUAUUCUACAGUCGUCUGGAUUCUGGUGUUCUCAGGACAGGUGUUACAGCUGCUAUCUGUAAGUGUGUGUGGGAUGUCGUGUCAGGGCUAGAGCCCUUCCCUCUCCCAUGAGCCUGUGUGCCCACACACACACACGGCGCCCCCACACACACACACGGCGCCCCCACAAACACACAGACACACGGCGCUGACGUUGUGAAGUGGACCCUCGGAAACAGACCGGAGCAGAACCGGAUCAAACCAGCCUGUGGGCCGGCGGGGCGGAACCUGAGGAUGUCAACAGAGGCGGAACUACAGCCAGCUGUCAGGCCCAGUGUCAGGAGAGACUCCAGGAGGAAAGGGCAGGAUCGUAGCGAGGCCGGGUUGAUCAGGCGGUUUAAGGGGGAUGGCGUUCGCUACAAGGCUAAACUCAUCGGUCUGGACGAAGUCACGGCCGCAAGGGGAGACAAACUCUGUCAAGACUCCAUGAUGAAGCUCAAGGGCAUAGCAGCAGCAGGGCGGUCUAAAGGAGACCACAAACAGAAGGUGUUUCUAACUGUCUCCUUUGGAGGGAUCAAGAUCUUUGAUGAGAAGUUUGGGGGUGCCAUGGCGUGUGCCUUCCCCAAGAGACACCCAAAUGCUCAAAAUGGUCACCACCAACAACAACAACAGCCACAACAACAGCCACAACAACGGUCUCUGAUAGAUCUCAUGGAUAUGGACAGUGUAUGGACUCCACAGAAUAUCAACCAAUUAGAGCUCUUUGGAGACAUCUCCACACUCCCGGACAUCUACUCCCCCUCGACCCCUGCCUCUCCAGCCAACACCCUGGACCCCUCUCUGGGCCUGCAGCCCACAACCGAACUCUUCACCCCCUUCAACCCUGCCUCCGUACCCUCAGGUUAUGUGACGAUGGGAGCGGUACCUCCAGGUCAUGUGUGGUCCCAGCAGGCGUUUGCAGCCCAGGCAGGUCCUCUGUUCGGGGUCCCGUCCCCCCUGGGUCAGUCCCUCCCUGUGGCCCAGGUCCUGCCUGGAGGCCAGCCACUCAUCUGGGGCCAGGCCAACCUCUUCCCUGCUACACAGCAGCAGUGGGCCGCCAUGACUGGAGCAGGGUUCCCUGCUACAGCCUACCUCCCAACCCAGCCAGGGUCUCUGCCUGCCAUGUUCCUCCCAGUCAAUCAACCCUGCGACGGCCUAUCAUCUGCCGGCGCUGCCUCGAACCCCGCCCCCUCAUCAGCCUCCAGUCCACAGCAUGCAGAGAGGCAGCGGCAGAAGAUGAGCAAGGAGAUGUUUAAGGACUUCCAGCUAGCGAAGCCCCCUGCCAUGCCUGCUAAGAUGGGGGACCAGCACCAAAGUCUAGCAGGGACCUCAGAUGCCUUCAGUUCCUAUUUCAGCCGCGUGGGGACCGUCACCGAUACAGACGACUGUGACGACUUUGACAUCUCUCAGCUCAACCUCACUCCUGUCACCUCUACCACGCCCUCCACUAACUCACCUCCGACCCCGGCCCCCAGACAGAGUUCUCCAUCUAAAUCGUCGCUGUCACACGUUAGUGACCACAUUGACCACAUCAGUGACCCUCCCACAGACGCCACCGACCCCCCCACAGAUGACUCGUUCGGCGAGGUGGAGGGCUCCCCCAGUCGCAGUGGAGAGGAGGAUGCGGCGUGUGGGUCUGGGUCUCCAUGUCCCAGUGAGACAGCAGGUUCUAGUCCAGCCCAGACCAGUCCACCUGCCAACAGCUAGAUAGAUGCUGGCUGGGUGCUGGGGGAAGGAUCUCUUUCUGCAGGGAAAGGAUCCUCUCUACGCCCAGGUCAACAAAGGGAAGAAAUAAAGAGACACACUGAACACUGGACACUGGACUGACCAACCAACGCUGACCAACCAACCCGAUGUGUGUGUGUGUGUGUUACUCCUCUCAAGCAGCAGCCUGGCCACCCCUCUAACAAAGGAUAGAACGCUCCAUCUACUCUCUCUACUCUCUUUUCAUUCAUUCAUCUCUCCGUCUCUCUCUCUCCCUCCAUCAAACGUUGCUAGAGACUAUGCUGCCAAAAGGGGACUGGGCCAAGUGUUGUCUCCCUUCCUAACUCACACAGUGUUAUCAGACAUGGACCAAAUGAGUGUCUGUAGCGAGUGGAUCCUGUGGGACGAGGCCGGAAUGGUAUGCUGGGAUCCUUAUUUUUGAUUAGCCAGUUUAUUGAGAUCUUGGCAUCUGAUUGGCUGUUUGGGUGUUUCACCUUCAUGUGAGCGUCUGCUGGAUGACUAUGCAGAAACAGACUCUCUGGGAGCUACUCACACACACACACACCGACACAGUGUUUUGCCAAAUGUCUCUUCUCAGACAGAUUCAGAGGGAAGGCUUCAGAGGGAAUGGACUCAGCGGGGCAUGGAUGUUGCCAGCCUAAUGGGCACCGCCUGGCAUGGACGAACAUUGCCAAAUUACCAGGCACCUCUGCCUUCGGAUGGAUGUUGCCAAACGAACUGAUUCUGUGAUUGAACUGCUCAUUCUCUAUAAUAGCUUUUGUACAAUAUCGAUUAAAACAGACAAGGGGAAAUUGAGUUUUUAUUUUAUAAAUCCAUCAAGACGCUCUACUCUCAGCUCUACUGGAAUGGCACAUUCACAUGGCUUUAAGAGACCUGAUCGUUGGUUUGCCAAACUCAUUUUGUAAAUAAUAAUAAUAACAACAACAACAACAAUGAUCAUUCUGUCCGCAGGACUUCUGUGCCAUAAAAUAGGCAGGCUUCAGUUAGGCUACCAGAAGGUAUCAAGCAAUACCAACAUCUCCUCUGUCUGUCUGUCUGUCUGUCUGUCUGUCUGUCUGUCCGUCCAGGUUUCUGUUGCUCUCUCAACCCCUGAUGUUGUUUGGUCUAUGAUCCUAUAAGUGUCUUUCCCUAACUCAGACCUCGUCUACACUGCAGUCCUUUGUUGAUCAAUAUCCAUGUGCCCUGUAACCUCGUACAGUCAUACCAUCCUCCUGUCUGUGCGUCAUAUAAUCUCUCCGUCUGAGUGACGGGAGCAUUACCCAUCAUCACAACCACACCGGACACUCCCUACAGCUGUAUGUCUGUCAUCAGCCCCUAGCCCUGCUCGGCUGUCUGCCUCCAUGUCUGUCUGUCUGCCGGUCUAUCCGUCCGUCUGUCUCUGCUAGUACUACAUCAACUGUGAUGCCAAUGACUCUCUAUUUUAUGGCCAGAAUCUCUGUGUAAUUAGACUUCUCUGGACUGACAACUGAUUAAUAACGACGUUUGGACAAUAGAAGAAGAAGAUGAGGAAGUGGACUAAAAAGGGGAAGAAAUGCUGUUUGAUUACGUAACAUUUCUAGACAUAUUUUAACCUUACCUCAGAUAGCGGUUUCUUAAUGUAAAUUGACACAUUAUUUUUUAUCUUUAUGAAUACAACAGCAUUCUACAGUGGAUUUUUAGAGGACUUUUAUUUUCUGUUGAUUUACAUCUCCACCAUGUAUUACAGUUCCUAUUAAACACAUCCCAAUGACAGCUGGUUCCGGGUGAUCACUACGCAUGUGACGUGUGCGCGCCUAAUCUCUUUGUCUUCUCUCACCUGCCUGAUAGACACAGGAUGGCUUUAAUGAAGGUUCAGUAGACUACUUGUAUGAAUAAUAUCCUACAGUACACAUGUACUCUAUGUGUCUCUAACUAGCCAUAUUGAGUACACACAACGUAUUAUUAUGUCCACGUUUUUACACAAUCCAUUUAAAUCUGUGUUUCUGUAUCUUGUAUGGAUUGUGUCUUCUGAAUGCAGUUUAAAUACACCUGUUCUUGGAAUGCU